AUGGACCACAAUGAGAUGAUCACUCGAAUUGGGGAGGAGAUCAAGAACGCUGGAGUCGAUUUCAACUUGGACGAUCCGUUUGAUGACCCUUCUCUUUGUACUACGGCUUUCAUGGAUAUCCUAUGGCAAGAUGAGCAUGGAAAUUCGGCACUGAUGUUAGCAUCAGCUGAGAAUCGUGUUCAGCAAGUCAAGGGAAUUCUUAUCAUGGCUAUCAAUAGUGGAAAGUUAUGGCAGGUAAUUGACAUGCGUAACAAAGAGCGCCUCAACUGUGUGGAUAUGGCGAUUCGAGCAGGCAGCGAGACGUGUGCAAUGCUAAUCACCAAAGUCGCCAGGGAGUACGCGAAGCAUCGACCCCGGUCGGAAACUGAAAAGAAGUUUGACACGAUGCCCACCAACGAAGAAGACGUCACAUUCACUCUGCUCUCGUCGAAGAAUGCCGAGCAGUUUGAUGAUAAUUAUGUGAAAGAGCUCGUCCGUCAAUCCUCUACGGCUUCUGGUCACGCUGGCGCCAACAAGCAGAAGCUAAACCGCGAGAAACUCUCCAACAGUUUGGCGAAAAGCACCGCCGCCGCGUCAGCCGGAAGAGAAUAUCUCAAAAUGGUCAAACGAUCGUCGUCGGCUCACUCGCGGCUCAUGUCCCAGAGAACGUUCUCCGUGGAGUCGGGCUCCAUUGAUUCUUCGGAGCCGUCGACUCCUCAAAUGACAUCUCCACCAGCGGAUCAUGGAGUGUUGUCAAGUGUCGGCGAGCGAAUUCGAAAUAUUUUUGGAAAGAAGCCACCACUUCACACUAAAAGUCUCUCGGUCGUUCAAACCGACCGAGUUGCUUCUCCAUCAGUUCGCUCUUCAUCGGUUUCCAGCAAGCCACUCAAUUAUCAGCCGUCAUCGAAUACGGAGGAAGACAACAUUCGCCUUCCACAACACUCGAGCUCCAACGACUCUCCGACGACUUCUGAGGGGCCCUCAGGAAUGUUCCGUUGGGGAUCCAAGGCUCAACCAUUGAGCAGUGCCACACCGACAACGGUCAAUGGAAUCCGCUUGCCACCGUUGAACCUUCGUCGACGUGGAAGCGAUCAGAAGAAUCGCGACUUCCACUCGCUGGGAGGGGACGACGAGUGA